UUCUGGACCCCCCAAAACACAUCUAUUUUCAGGGGGAACCUUUCAAGCUCACCUGCUCAGUUCCUGGCAGUGAGCAGGUGAGGGGAUACAGAUUCUACCAUCGAAGAGGGGAGCAGAUCCCUGAGCUGGAUGAGGGGCCUUGGCUAGAGCGCAUGGCUAUGACUGGGAAUGCUGGGGUGUACUCCUGUGCUUAUUGGAUAACCCGAUCUGGGCAAGCGAUCCUGUCAGGGAAGAGUGACUCCAUCUCCAUCACCGUGAGUGCUCCUCCUCUGGCCCCCAAACUCUCUCUGCAUCCCAAGCUCCCUGUGUACCUGCCCGCGGAGAAGGUCACCCUCAACUGCUCAUCCCCCCAUGGCGAGGAGGUGGUGGGGUUCAGGUUCCACCAGCACAGAGGGGAUCAGACCCCUGAAGAGCUGCCAACUGCCAGCGGGGGGCCCUGGAUGGACCUCACGGCACAGACGGGGAAUAACAGCUCCUACACCUGUCAGUACUGGAGAUGGGACGCUGGACAGGAGAUUGUAUCUGAGAACAGUAACAGCAUCACUGUACCAGUCUCAGACUCCCUUCCCCAGCCGUUGCUAAGAGUGGAUCCCCCAUCUGGAGUGGUGAAUGAAGGGCUCCCCCUGCUCAUCACUUGCAUGACCCUUGGUGACCUCGGUGCGUGGAGAUUUCACUUUUACAAGGAUGGAACUGAGAUUGUCCCUGGAGAUAAGGGGUCUGAUAUCAGCACCAUGGAAUCUGUCUCUGGCUCUAUGAACAUCUCUGUGCUCAGCAUCCAACAGGAUGAUCCUAACAACACUGGGGAAUUCACUUGUGGGUACGAGAAGAACAUGAGUGGGAGGUGGAUCCCGUCCCCCAGGAGCCAGGCUGUGACUGUUACCUGGAAUGUCACCAGGAAUUACAGCUGGAGAGGCUGGGCUCUGCCCCUCCCCUUAGUGGCUGGUUGCGGUGGUGGAGGAGCCGCUCUGGGGCUACUGGCUCUUCUUGGCUGCUGCUGCAGAAGGAAAAAGAAAGGUAGCAGCAAGACAGCAACUGGCUACCUGGGUGUCAAUGGAGCCCCUGGGGUCCAUUUAGCUCUGCAGCAAAGGAACCAUGAUGGGUGGGAUCAGCCGGUGACCCACAACCAGCGGCGGCUGCCCAGCAUCCCUGGUGGAAAAUCCAAGAACAGAGGCAAGGGAGAAGAGGAUGCAGGCACCGGGGCAGGAUGCCCUACCCUGUAUGCUGUAGCCACAUGCCCACCUGUUAGCCAUGGGAGCGCCACGUUCCACCAGCGAGGAGGGAAUGUGGUCUCAGAAGAAGUUGUGUACAGUGAACCCCUCUUCUAAUCCCUGCCCCCCAACUUCCCAGCAGCACCCUGCUCCCAUUGCCUGCGAAUUCCCCAGAUGUCAAUCUUGGCUCACUCUCAAAUGCUUGUCACAGCAAAUACCUCAGUUUUGUUCUUUUCAUCUUGUGGGAUAAGCGGGGUGGGAGGCAGGACUCCUGGGUUCUAUACCCAGAUUUG